AAAAUCAAAUCCCGAAAGCCAAACCAAAGGUCGUCACUCCGCUUUCGUGCCAAGCCAAAAGCCAUGGCGGAUCCCGAACCCAUCGCCCAUAAAAGGGACGCCAACCACUCUCUUUCUACGAACUCCAUCCAUCCCCCUCCUUCUUCCCUUGGCGGCCCCAAUCUACUCCUCUACUCUACUCACUCCUCCGUCUCCGGUCCCCAACUGCCGAAUCCCAUCCCCCAUCUCUCUCUCUCUCUCUCGCUCCCGGAGCAAAAACAAAAACAAAUUUCAGUUGAGCAAGCUGAGCUCCUCCAUUGUCAAUUCUCCGGGCGAGCGAGCGAGCUAGCGCACCAACAACUCCUUCCAGAGCCAGAGGUCGGCGCCAUUCAAUUCAACGCCAUUGCACUGACUGACACGGCCGACACCUCAUUUAACUCCCCCCCUUCUUCUUCCUCCGCUUCCCGACGCAGAGGCCGCGCGGGAACCCGUGCGCCCAUGCACACACACAUCCACACCCCCCGCUCCCUCAUACGCGAUGAAACGCGGCUCCUCUGCUUUUACUACGCUUCCCGACUCCCGAGAAGCUGACACCUACUAGCUCGUAGCAGAAGCGCCGAGAGAGGGUCCCGGAGUAAUGGCGCGCGCGGCUCCGCGGUUCUCCUCGGUGAUGCCGGCCGCGUGGCUGCUGCUGGUGGUUCUAGUUUCCUGCACGGCGGCGGCCGCCGGCGAUGACGGCGACGUGCUGUUGGAUGUGAAGGCCGCGUUCUCGCAGGACCCCGAGGGUGUCCUGGAUGGCUGGUCCGCGGACGCCGCCGGCUCCCUGGGAUUCUGCUCCUGGUCCGGCGUGACGUGCGACGCGGCGGGGCUCAGGGUGUCCGGCCUGAACCUCUCCGGCGCGGGCCUAGCCGGGCCGGUGCCCAGCGCGCUUUCGCGGCUCGACGCGCUCCAGACGAUCGACCUGUCCUCGAACCGGCUCACGGGCUCCAUCCCGCCGGCGCUGGGGCGUCUGGGAAGAAGCCUCGAGGUCCUGAUGCUCUACUCCAACGACCUCGCCAGCGAGAUCCCCGCCUCGAUCGGCAGGCUCGCGGCGCUCCAGGUGCUCCGCCUCGGCGACAACCCGCGCCUUUCGGGCCCCAUCCCGGACUCGCUCGGGGAACUCUCCAACCUCACCGUGCUGGGCCUCGCGUCCUGCAACCUCACCGGCGCGAUCCCGAGGCGCCUCUUCGCGCGGCUGUCGGGGCUCACGGCGCUCAACCUGCAGGAGAACUCGCUCUCCGGGCCGAUCCCGGCCGGCAUCGGCGCCAUCGCCGGGCUCCAGGUGAUCUCUCUCGCCAACAACAAUCUCACGGGCGUCAUACCGCCGGAGCUCGGGAGCCUGGCCGAGCUCCAGAAGCUCAACCUGGGGAAUAACACGCUUGAGGGCCCCAUACCGCCGGAGCUCGGCGCGCUCGGGGAGCUCCUGUACCUCAACCUCAUGAACAACAGCCUCACGGGACGCAUCCCGCGGACGCUCGGCGCGCUCUCGCGCGUGCGCACGCUGGACCUUUCCUGGAACAUGCUCACCGGAGGGAUCCCCGCCGAGCUCGGCCGGCUCACGGAGCUCAACUUCCUCGUGCUCUCCAACAACAACUUGACCGGCCGCAUCCCGGGCGAGCUUUGUGGAGACGAAGAAGCAGAGUCCAUGAUGAGCCUUGAGCACCUGAUGCUCUCGACCAACAACCUCACGGGGGAGAUACCGGGCACGCUGUCGCGGUGCCGUGCGCUCACGCAGCUCGAUUUGGCCAACAACAGCCUCUCCGGGAACAUCCCGCCCGCGCUCGGCGAGCUCGGGAACCUCACGGACCUGCUGCUCAACAACAACAGCCUCUCGGGCGAGCUGCCGCCGGAGCUCUUCAACCUCACCGAGCUCGGCACUCUCGCAUUGUACCACAACGAGCUCACGGGCCGGCUGCCGGGCUCCAUCGGCAACCUCAGGAGCCUCCGCAUUCUCUACGCGUACGAGAACCAGUUCACGGGCGAGAUACCGGAGUCCAUCGGAGAGUGCUCGACGCUGCAGAUGAUGGACUUCUUCGGGAACCAGCUGAACGGGAGCAUACCGGCGUCCAUUGGGAACUUGUCCAGGCUCACGUUCCUUCACCUCCGGCAGAACGAGCUGUCCGGGGAAAUUCCCCCGGAGCUCGGCGACUGCCGUCGGCUCGAAGUCCUUGACUUGGCCGACAACGCUCUGUCCGGGGAAAUCCCGGGCACGUUCGACAAGCUCCAGUCGCUGGAGCAGUUCAUGCUGUACAACAACUCGCUGUCGGGCGCCAUCCCGGACGGCAUGUUCGAGUGCCGGAACAUCACCCGUGUCAACAUCGCGCACAACCGGCUCUCCGGCAGCCUCGUGCCGCUCUGCGGCUCCGCGAGGCUGCUGUCGUUCGACGCCACCAACAACUCGUUCCAGGGCGGCAUCCCGGCGCAGCUCGGCCGGUCGGCUUCGCUGCAGCGGGUGCGGCUCGGGAGCAACGCGCUCUCCGGGCCGAUCCCGCCGUCGCUCGGCCGCAUCGCGGCCCUGACUCUGCUCGACGUGUCCUGCAACGCGCUCACGGGCGGCAUUCCGGACGCGCUCUCGCGGUGCGCGCAGCUCAGCCACGUCGUCCUUAACAACAACCGGCUGUCUGGCCCCGUGCCGGCAUGGCUCGGCACGCUGCCGCAGCUCGGCGAGCUGACGCUCUCCACCAACGAGUUCUCCGGCGCGAUGCCCGUGGAGCUAAGCAACUGCUCCAAGCUACUGAAGCUCUCGCUCGAUGGCAACCUGAUCAAUGGAACAGUGCCGCAUGAAAUCGGCAGGUUGGCUUCCCUCAACGUGCUGAACCUCGCGCGGAACCAGCUCUCCGGCCCGAUUCCAGCCACCGUCGCGAGGCUCGGCAACCUGUACGAGCUGAAUUUGUCGCAGAAUCACCUGUCGGGCCGGAUCCCACCUGACAUGGGCAAGCUGCAGGAGUUGCAGAGCCUGCUGGAUUUGAGCAGCAACGAUCUCAUCGGCAAAAUCCCUGCAUCACUUGGGUCUCUGUCCAAGCUGGAGGAUUUGAACCUUUCGCACAAUGCUCUGGUUGGCACAGUGCCGUCGCAGCUCGCAGGAAUGAGCAGCUUGGUGCAGCUGGACCUUUCGAGCAAUCAGCUGGAAGGGAGGCUAGGCGAUGAGUUCUCCCGGUGGCCCGAGGAUGCCUUCUCCGACAAUGCAGCGCUCUGCGGCAACCAUUUAAGAGGCUGCGGCGACGGUGUGCGACGUGGCCGGUCUGCGCUGCACUCGGCGUCGAUCGCUCUGGUGUCAACGGCGGUCACGCUGACUGUUGUUCUCCUGGUGAUCGUGCUCGUGCUGAUGGCGCGGCGCCGCGGGCGGAUGUCCGGGGAAGUGAACUGCACGGGGUUCUCGUCAAGCCUGGGCAACACAAACCGGCAGCUCGUGAUCAAGGGCUCGGCGCGGCGGGAGUUCCGGUGGGAGGCGAUCAUGGAGGCCACGGCCAACCUAAGCGACCAGUUCGCCAUCGGCUCCGGGGGCUCCGGGACAGUGUACAGGGCGGAGCUGUCAACGGGCGAGACGGUGGCCGUGAAGAGGAUCGCGAGCAUGGACAGCGACAUGCUUCUGCACGACAAGAGCUUCGCGAGGGAGAUCAAGAUCCUGGGCCGGGUCAGGCACCGGCACCUGGUGAAGCUCCUCGGGUUCCUCGCCCACGGUGCCGACCGUGGCGGCAGCAUGCUCAUCUACGAGUAUAUGGAGAACGGGAGCCUGUACGACUGGCUGCACGGCGGCGGCGGCGAAGGAGGCAAGAAGAAGCGUGCGCUGAGCUGGGACGCCCGGCUCAAGGUCGCGGCGGGGCUGGUGCAGGGCGUGGAGUACCUCCACCACGACUGCGUGCCCCGGGUGGUGCACCGGGACAUCAAGUCCAGCAACUUGCUCCUCGACGCCGACAUGGAGGCGCACCUCGGCGACUUCGGCCUCGCCAAGGCCGUCGCCGAGAACCGCCAGGGCGCCAAGGAGUGCACCGAGUCGGCAUCCUUCUUCGCCGGAUCAUACGGGUACAUGGCCCCAGAGUGUGCUUACAGCUUGAAGGCGACGGAGAAGAGCGACGUGUACAGUACUGGCAUCGUGCUCAUGGAGCUCGUCACCGGGCUCCUGCCGACCGACAAGACCUUCGGCGGCGACGUGGACAUGGUGAGGUGGGUGCAGUCCCGGGUGGAGGCGCCGUCGCAGGCCAGAGACCAGGUGUUCGACCCGGCGCUCAAGCCGCUGGCGCCGCGAGAGGAGUCGUCCAUGGCGGAGGCCCUUGAGGUGGCCCUCCGGUGCACGAGGCCGGCGCCGGGGGAGAGGCCCACGGCGCGGCAGAUCUCUGAUCUGCUGCUUCACAUUUCGAUGGAUUACUAUCGAACCGGCGAGCACAAGCGCUAGGAUCGCAACGUGUCCUAGGUGCUUUGAAAUCUACGCGUUUCUUGUUUCAGCUAAUUUGGUCUCUCUUUCUUGCGUGGAAUUGGUAGGUAACGAAAGUUGUGGUUUUUUUAGGGCAAGUCUGUGCACUGAAAUCAAGCAAAGAAUGUCCUUCAAUUGGUUUCUUUAGCUGUCGAUUUUUACUGGGUUAGAGAUUGUUUGUACACGCAUCUGGAGAUUUCAAAGAAAUAAAAAAACUGAAAAAUAAAAAUGUCAAUGAUGAUUGAGAUUUUUGCAA